UGCCCGCACCCCGGGUGCGGCCGUGCGUUCGCGCGCAACUUCAACAUGGCGAGCCACUACAAGUCGCACCUCGGCGUGCGCGAGUUCCAGUGCCCCGUGUGCCCCAAGAUGUUCAGCCGCCGUCACGACCGCGCGAGGCACUGCGCCGCCGUCCACGACGAGCACAUCGACCGCGAGGGCAACUUUGCCGGCGACGACGACGACGACCUCGACCGCGACGACGACCAGCACGACGGCGACGAGUUCAACUUUGACCUCGACGUCGGCGUCGGCGCGUCGGGCUCUGGCUAGAGCUCGCGCACCCACCACCUCUUUGAACCGCGAGGGCUGCCUCAAGACCUUCGUCCAGGCUGCUCAGCCUCGACGUCGCCGCCGCAACCGCCCUCGCCCCACCACCUCUUCCCACCUGCGACAAGUGCCCUCACCUGUUCUUGUUCCGCACCCACCCCACGAUCUGCAUGCCAGGCCAUCGCCUCAUGCCGGCCGACGACAUCGCUCGCACCGCACCCCCCUUUCCCUCCCUUCCUCGUCGUCCUCGGCGGCAUCUUUUGUCGUCGUCGAGGCUCUUCGUCCCCCUCCCCUUUUCCCCCCCAGCACCUGUGCGGUGCCACCACCAGCGAUCGAGGCCAGCAUACUUCCGACCUCAGCAAGGCGGGCUGUCCCACUGUGGGGCGGCCCUGCUCGAGGAGCCGUGACCGACGUCGUGCGCCCCUACCUCGCUCUUCUCGAGCGAGCUCGGGCGGGACUCUUCUCGCGCAGCGAGUCCUCCCUUUCCAGGGCACGAGGGUCGAGCUUUCACCGCGUGCGCGCUCUCUUGUUCGGCAUCCACCGCCGACGCAGCAAGAAGCGCCUUCGGAGCUUGAUGUGGGCGGCGCCUCUUCUUCCUCUCUGCAGGAGAGUGCGCUCGCCCGACCCUUCCUCUCUCUCUCUCUCCCUCUUUGUACCACUCCUCGCGUGCUCGCCUCGCCUCUUCUCCUCCCUUGUAUACACCCUCAUGGACCUCGCUUGCCUCUCUGAAACGGACAUCUUUCCUCUCAGCUCUC